GGCGUCACCGGAAGUACGGCGGCCGCCCGGAAAGAGAGCGGAAGGGGGCAAGACGAUGCGCCACUUUUCCUACGGUGGCCUGAAGGAGCGGCGAAGUGAUUACGAGGGAAUUUAUCAUUUCUGGGAGCUGCACUCGCGAUGUCUUUCAAGAGAGAAGGGGACGAUUGGAGUCAGCUCAAUGUGCUCAAAAAACGGAGAGUGGGAGACCUGUUGGCCAGUUACAUCCCGGAGGAUGAGGCGCUGAUGUUACGCGAUGGACGCUUUGCAUGUGCCAUCUGCCCUCACCGACCUGUGCUGGACACCCUGGCCAUGCUGACUGCCCACCGUGCAGGCAAGAAACAUCUGUCCAGCCUGCAGCUUUUUUAUGGAAAGAAACAGCCAGGAAAGGACGUGGAGCAAAAUCCAAGACAGCAGAAUGAAUCGAGGGAAGAGACCACAGUUGAAGCUCCUCUGCUAACCCAGACUCGCCUUAUCACCCAGAGUGCUCUGCACAGAGCUCCCCACUAUAACAGUUGCUGCCGCCGCAAGUACAGACCAGAAGUUCCUGGUUCCUCUGUCUCUCGUUCUCCUUUGCCAUCAGCUGCAGAGCUGGAACUCCAAAGUGGGAAACUCAGUAGGGAACCUGAGAGUGUGGCUGACCCACAGGCCAAGGAGUCAGCACCUGUCUCAGCCCCUGCACCCAUGAGCCCCUCGAGAAGACGGGCCCUGGAUCACUACCUCACUCUUCGAAGCUCUGGAUGGAUCCCGGAUGGAAGAGGUCGAUGGGUAAAAGAUGAAAAUGUUGAGUUUGACUCUGAUGAAGAAGAACCACCUGAUCUGCCCCUGGACUGAUCCUCUCUUUCCCCAUUCAUUUCAUAAAUAAACUAGUGGGCACUGGGAGCCUAACAUUC